GGUCGUCCAAGCCCAUAGUCCGCAGUCACAAUUCGGUCGUUCAACGGUGUGGACGUUACACCGCUUUGUGUCGCGGUGUAAAUUACGAUUUUACCGGAAGUGCAAUUCGGCACCUCCGGGCGAACAUUCGAGCUCGCUCGAUCCCGUUUCCCCGGGUACUCGUCGGAUGCGCUGGUUCGCGGUGCCGGCGAUCGUCGAUGAAAUCAACGUUAGGCGUUUGGGCCGCGCUCGCUAAAAGGAUUGCCUAUAUUGUUCGAUUACUCCGAUAAUUUCGGAGCUGGGUGAAACUGUUGGUUGUCGUGGUGCGUUGUGGUACUGCACUGUUUGGUGUUACCUUUUUCGUUACGUUUUUCCUGAGGAGUUUCGCUCGGUGAAGCGCAACUUUAAGCUACGCCCGGCCGGCGCGGCGCCUGUAUUAAAGGGAGAUAUGCCCGAAGCACCGACGGCGAUCGACUGACAGCCGCUCCGUGAAAUUGGAAUCGUUUCGAGCGGAUUGGCGACCGGCACUGCAGUGAAUAUACUAAUAUCAUCGCUCGGUGACGAGAUGCGAAGACGCCAGGGCGAAUUCAUGUAGAUCCUCGUCACGCGAAAGGCGGACUUUUGGGUUGGGCGACUGGUGCUGGUGAAAUGUAGCUUGCGAAAAGUCUUCCGUGCUUCCGCGAAGGGAAGACGGCGAUCCAAGGGUUUGUUGAUUCUCCGUGGAUCAACCCGUGUACGCUGGUGGUCUCUCUCGCUGGUGCUGCUCCGCGUUCGUCCACGAAGUCGUGGAACCCGUGGAGCUGUGGUGAUAGUCGAGGUUCGCGAAGUUUCUACCGGCGCCGGAACAGAAACAUCGGGAAAAACGCCUUCGCGAUGUGCCCGUGAAUUGGAUACUCCGGGAAAAGGGACUCCUCUUCCCGUCGCAUCAUCAGGAUGACGGAACGCUGUCUGUCGGACGCGUACGACUAGUCGUCACAGUGGAGUUCUGCUUAAUCGCAGCCUCGGGAGGGGGUGGUUCGAUGUUGGUCCCUCCCGUGGCCCAAAGUGGGACCGGGGAUCGUCCCGUGGGGGACACGGUGGCACGGGCUCAGCAGACAACCGGCCCCGGUGCCGCUACGACGACCCUAUGGCCUUUAGCACCUGCGCAGUCCAAUCAGGUUCCCAAUCAACAGUCCCAGGGCAUACCACCUCUGGCCGCUACGCCUGCGCCCGCUCACAAUCAAGGUGCGAACCGCUACGGGCUGUACUCGUUAUUCCCAGGGGGUGGCGGGGGCAGUUACGUCGCUGCCACCCCCGCCACCCCCGAGCAACCGAUGCCAGCACGGGCUUAUCACGCGACGCACAAGGAACGGACAAUUUCAGAGAGCGUGUUUUCCGCGGCGGUCGGGGUUGGGGUAGGUGGCUACACCUGGGGUGCUCCCACGCCCCCGCCGGGAUCACCCUACAGCCCUGUGCCCGUGACACAGCUGGAGCUGCUGGCGAAAAAUUUAGCGAACCUGGCGCCUGCAGCCGCCACAGGUCAGCAGGCUCUGAGUCUGCAGGGUGUCGGUGUUAACGUGGCGGGCAGUCUGCAUCACGCGCAACAUACCACGCAGCACACGCAGCAUACCCUCAACCUCACCGGAAUCCAUCAUCUGCAUCACGGUGGCCUCCAUCAGAACACAUUCUCGCCUCAGCUGUCGCUAGUAACCGGCAGUGCGCCGACGUUGACCAUCAACAACUUCUCGUCGCAACCAACCUCGACCAACGGCAUCGCGCCGACGACGGGUGUCCUUCUGCAGGAAUAUCAACCGCCAAUAGGUGCAACAGCGGCGACAGGAUGUACCGUCACCGUGAACGGUUCGUCCUGUUUAACCAACACCAGCAGCACAACCAGCAGCAUGAUGAUGCACGGCGGCGGUAUCCAAGCAACCGGCAACCAGAUCGCCGUUCAAGCCACCGCCACGAAGAAACGGGAGGCUUUCCUUUCCAGUCAAGGCCAACCGGUGAAGUUGGAGAACAAAUCGACCAGGACGUCGUGCCUCUGCAGAAACAGCAACGGAAAGACAAAGGUGGUGCAUUCAGAUGUGGGAUGCAGCAGGACGUUACCUGUCGCCUCAUCCUGGAACGGACAGGACAGCAAUGCUGGUGCUAACAAUAGCGGCGCUAGUCUGACCGUAAAAAGGGAACCCUUGGCUUCGGUGCCCUGUCAAGUCGCAGAAGUUUCCACGUCCCUUCAUGCCACUACCACCUCUGUCAAGAUUGAACCCGUUCCAAAGUCCGAGAAUGGGAUAGCCGUCUCUAAUGCGGGAGCCGGUGGCAUACCGGUUGGCAUUGCUGUGGCGAGGCAGCGAUUGCAGCAUCAAGAGACUUCGACGUCUAUGCGCAAUGUGUCCUUAAGUCAUCACACGUCGCAUCACGCGACGAGCUAUCAUCAUUUCCAGCCGGACAGCCUGGGUUCCAGCACGGCCAUGGCGGUAGGCGGCACUACCCUGGUGCACUGCGGAGGGCCUGGAGGGGAGGAUCGUGCGGCCCACCUCGCUGCCAUUCCCUCUGGGGCUCUCGCGCCCUCGCUGAGCCUGAAUUCCAGCCUGAAUUCCACCCUGGGCAGCAUCGGCGGCGGACCGGCGGCCGCGGCCGAUACGGCCGGCGCUGCUUGGCCGCCCACACUGUGGCAGUAUCCGGCUACGGCGGCCGCAGCGAUGCCAACGGAGCCGGUCGGUUUUCCGCAGAUGGGUUCUGGACUGCAAGGUGGAUUACAGUUAGUCCGCGAUCCAACGACCGGACAUAUUCUCCUUAUUCACGCUGCGGAACAAAUGCAGCAAGCCCUGGUGUGGCCGAAUUACUCGAACCACAGCAACAACAUUGCACCGCCGCCACUUCUGCUACCGCCGCCUCCACCCUCGAUACAGCUUCUGGGUGAUAUCGGCGGCGCGCGAUUAGUGCUGACCGAGAACAAAAGGAAACAACAAAGCGCGCUGCCGAUAGUAAAGAUCGAAACGGAAUGCAGCAACAGUCCAACGACUAUAAUCACGUCCACCGAAUCGUCGAAGACCGCCUUGCAAACCAUGACAUCCGUGACUGGCGCUCUGGUACCGGACGCAGCUUUGGUUACCACGCUGCAUUAUUAUCCCCAGGCGCCGGCACUGGUGCAAAUCAGCCAGGCCGAGCCUACCACCACGCACUGCAGGUCACAGGCUACGUCACCGGUCUCGUGUCUGACACCACCCCCGGAAAUACCGGCGGCGAUUCACACAAUCGAAACAUCGUCAUUCGGGGUUCAGGAUGCUUCGAAUCAAACCGACGCGCCCGAAGAUACCGAGGAGAAGCAGGAGACUCUUGUGAAGCAGGAGCAAAAUCUGAGCCCGUGCCAGGUCGUGUCCCAAUCCACAGGGUCGAAUUUAACCGCCGCCAAUUUCGAGAUCGUCCCAUCGCCGACGGAGAGGAUCUGCAACGUCGUUAGAAUCACGACAACUACGACCACGGUAAAUCCGACCGUAUGUGGCAUCGUAACCAAGGUAGACAAGGCGGAGAAUACGAUCAUCAAUAUGGCCGACUGCGCCAAGUAUUCGGCAAAAGAUGGAAAAAGUCUCAUGAAAACGAUUGAGCAGGACUCUCGUGUCGACGAGGAGGUUUGUACGGAUGACAAGAUGACGCCUAUCAGCAGCAGGGGCAGCAGGCUUGGUGCUAGGAUCAUCGAGAUCACCGAAGAGAACUGUGAUAGCUUCCACGAGAACCUGGAGUUCUUCGCAAGGAGACGAGACAUCAGCGCGGAGCAGCGUGAUCAUCGAGAUUACUCUAUGGAUGAGGAGAAUGUUGUACAAAAGUCUAACAGUCAUGAAAAGAAGAUCGAGCCGAAGAUCAAUGACGUUUCGGAGAACAUUGAAGUUCACCAUCAAACAUUUUCUAAAACAUCGGCACCGCCAGUCAUCGAAACGAAGUCAAACGUAGCCGAUUCAACGGAGUCGUCAAGAAUCAAUUGCGAGAGUUGCGACAAGGACCGGAAUACCUCAAACAGCGAAACCAGACCUCAAAUCACGGUUAAAUCUUUCGACAUGCCUAAUAUCGACUGCGACGAUCAGGAAAUGCAACAAGUAGCUAUCAAGCAAGAAGCUGACGACAGUUGCUAUGAGAUGUGCUACGAAUCGUCUCAGUGCGAGCCAACGUCUACCAGCGAAAGAUACAGAUCUAGCUGCGAGAAAUCGUUGCAGGAAGCGACAAAACGACACUCCACGGAGAAAUCCCAUCAUCCGGGUAUCGAGAAUGUAGUAGAGAAGCUGAAGAAAAACGCGGCGGCUCUACAAGAAGCCGCGCUACCCAGCGCUCAAAAAAUCGAGGAAUCUGUGGAAAGGUCGAACGUGGAGAAUGUCAAGCUACGAAGGUACUCUGAAACAAUACCGAAGAAGUUGCAUCUUCUAAGAUCGUGCCAAAACUCUCUAGAGAGUGGCACAGUCGACACCGAGAUCUCUUCCUCGCAAACCCCGAUGUCGGAGCAACAUCUUAAAGAUCAAUCGGGACGACAUUCGCCUCAUCACAGAGAUAUGGCCAGUAGCGAAUGUCUGCUUAACGAAAACAAUAACGACAGCAGGAGUAAUAACAACAAUAUUAAGGCGUUCGAAGAUAAGAAAUUGCUAGCGAAAAAUGAGAAGAAUGUCUCCCACGAUAUUACCGCUUACGUUAAACCCAAGACUGUCUGGCGCUGCGAGGUGCAACCAUUUGAAAAGCCUAAUGUAAUUCGCAAAUCCAACGAUCACGAAGAAGAUACAUCUACGGAGACAAAGUCCAAGGUACAGAGACAAAAGCCAGCCAUCGAUGUGAGCGGUCUCGAAUUGUUGUCAAACAGCAUCGAACAGCUGGAGCAACGAGUCGGCCAGCCGGAACAUCUGCAACUGGACGCGGAUGCCGAGAAGUCACCUGUUAAAAGCAAACUGAUAAGCCCGCAAAGUGAAAGUAAUAAUAACAACGUCGGCAGUCCUCUCGGCUUACUCUGUGCACUAGCCGAACAGAUUAUGCAGGUGGGCGACAAAGUUCCCCGAAAACUAAACCUCGAAAGCUCGGAGGAAAUCUCACAAGCUGGUAGACUACUGUUAAAUCUGGGCAGAAGCAAUUCUCUCGAGAAAGAUGAAAACAAAAGAAAGUAUAUCGAGACUGAUGAUCAUCUUUCCAAACGAUUCAAGUUUCAAGAUUGCGAAGAGGAAGCUAAGAAUGUGUCGCAAAAUUACGAAAAAGACGUCAAAGAACAGACAAUGGAAGUUAACAAAAGAAAACAAGAAGAUGCUCUGAAAUCAAAAGAAGCCAUCAAGAAUAUCAAUAAUUUCUCUGAAGAGGAAAUCAAUAGGAUCUCCGAUGAAAGAACUAUUGGCUUGGAAGAACAAUCUCUCAAUAGAGACGAGUGUUAUUCCAAUACGAAAACUGUUAAAAACCUCCAAGUUUCCUCGGACAAAACAUCGAAUAACUUACUAAGUAAUGAUGCGUUUUAUAAGAACGUGAAAGAAGACAAGCUGUCGGAUUCAGAGGGCGAGAUGUUCGAGUCAAAAGUCUUAUCUGAAGAGUCAACGAGUUGCGAAAUUAGAAAUAACAAGCGUAAAAUGUCCGUCGAAGAGAGAGACGUAAGAGAGAGCCACGACUACAAAAACGCACGAACAAAGUUAGAGGCGAAGAAGUUCAUAGCCAAGAAGGGAAACCGUGAUAACGAGGAUGACUGGCCGAGCAUGAACGCCACAGAACUUGAUAUGAGAGUCAGAAUGGCCGAUAUUCAGAGACAAUAUAGAGAGAAACAGAAGGAGCUUUCCAAGUUGAUUCCCAAGAAGGACGAAAAGAAAUACUCUGGCAGACCGCGAAAAAAGAGUCAUUCUUCCACCAGUUCCGAUCACGGGACGUUAUCAUCGCCACCCGCGCUUGAUCUUAUGACCUCUCCGUCGCGAGAAUCGCCCUCGAAAUCACCAGAGCGUGGCACACCUUCGCCGUUAGCCUCAGCUGUUCUGACCAUGCCGAAGUGCAACGUGAACCUCGUGAAACUCGGCGAGCCCAAAAGUCACAUAAAACUUCUGGAUAACAUACCCAGUAUUCCGACAUCAGUACCGCCUGUAACAUCGCCGAUCCCAGCGUUACCUGGUUCCAGUAACGCAAUACCGGAGGAUGACGAAAAGAGUACAGGAACGCUGGGCUAUGACACGUCGUCACCAGCACCGACUGUCGUAAACUCGACUUCCGCUUCUAAGAAGAGAAAAGUGGGGCGACCGCGAAAGCUCACCUGCACCUCGGGUAGUGCUAGACACUUGACAGAGACAAUCGUCGCAAAAAAACCUAAAAGCAAAAGUUCUCUAGUGGGUUACGUACUAUCCUCUAAGAACAGGCACUUACAAACGAAGCAAUGCAUAAACAGUAAAGCCGGUUAUACCCCGUUACCAUUUAAAUCAGGAGUUUCUUCUCCAAAGCUACAAACCAAGAUACAAAAAGUUGCAAAAAUGAAGACAAAGCCGGCAAAGCAAACUCCGCUACAUAACAAAAAUGUGAUCAGCUCAAUUAUCGCUGAGAAAGCAAAGUUAAGUCAAGAGGUAAAGCUUGAGAAGCAUUGCAGUAAAAUAAAACCGAAACUCAAAGCGGAGGUAAAGGUGAAAAAUUGGGAGGAUGACGAGAACGAUAUGGUACAACCCGAAAACAUUGUUCCACCUGAAGAACUUACAGUUCAAACGCCUGUGAAGGAAAUGCCGACAGAAUCUGUGGAAAUGUUAGAAAAGGAACCGGAAAGAUCACGGCAUGACAAGUCGAAGAAGAAAAAGCGAAAAUCCAGUUCGUCGCAAUCACCGAAUCGUGACAGAAAGGAGUCUAAACGACGCAAGUCCCUGGAAUGUAAACAGUGUGCCAAGGCAGCCGCUGCGAAAACCUCCGAGAGCAUUGUCAACCGUUGCAAGUUGACGUCCGCUCAUUUGGCCAUCGAUCAGCUGCGGGUUCUCAUGGCGAUGGGCGGUCUCUUCUACGCGGGCAGGCUGAGCGCUGUGCAAGCGCCUGAUGUUUAUGCUAUUACAUUGGAUGGCGAGCGCGGAAAUAGACCGCAUAUUCACUCCAGAGAAGAGAUUCUGCAAGACGCGAUUGUGGAAGUGUGUCCGACUUCAACGAAAGAAUUACCACCCGGAACGAGACUAUGUGCGUAUUGGAGCCAGCAGUACAGGUGCUUAUAUCCAGGAACUUCCGUGAAACCUUUGGUACCUGAUCUGCAGAACGAUGAGAAAUUCGUCACUGUGGAAUUUGAUGAUGGGGACAGUGGUUUAAUCGUCUUGGAUGAUAUCAGACUUUUACAGCCUAACUAUCCUGUCGUAGUGUAUGAUCCAAAUCCUCUACUCUCACUGGGCAAACGACGACGGCAAACGUCGACUUCGGAAGACAAGCGUUCCACGGGCAAUCUGGUCGUUCCAUCAAAUGGUCAAGGUGUUCCAUCGACAUCUCGAAGUGUGGCAGCUAGCAACAACAGCUUCGCCACGUGUCCCUACGUUUCUAACGUCGAACUGGCAAGCGCUAAUGAAUGUGCCGAGGCGGAAACCGAAACAAAUGUCGACACGAGUAGCACGAGCGGUACAGAGUACCGUAAAAAGAAACACAUGAAGAAAAUAAAAAAGAAAAAGCUACUCGAGACUCAAGAAGGGAAAAAGAAGCACAGAAAGCAUAGAUCCUGUAAGGAGCAUCGAAAACACAAGCACAGAAAACAUCGAAAGCACAAACACAGGCAUCACGGAAGCAAUAGUGACACAAAAGACGGAAGUCGAGAGAAUAGCUGGGAGCAAAAGAAUGAGGAAGAAGCCAUUACAGAUUUGUCGAAUACAAAUUUUUCCGCUGUCGAAGAAACAAGAUUGUCCGAAGAAGAGGAUGAAACUGAAGAAUCAUUAGUAACUGCUGAGAAAGACAACGAGGCUCAAGUGGAGCUUGAAGAACCGGACUCAAAAUUAGUCGACAAAGAUGACGAUGUUCAGGUGACGACGUCAGAACCAUCGGUGCCCAUUCAGCAGACUGAGAUAGAGCCUGAGGAAAAAGAAUCUACUCAACAAACUCAGAUAGAAUCUGAAGAACCAUUAGAAACCGAUCAAGUUGGCGAUGAGACACAGAUGGAAUCCGAAGAAGAUGUCCAGGAGAACGACGAGGAGCCUGAGGAACCGCCAGAACCAGUCAAGAAGAAGCUGAAGAAGGCAUCGACGAAUCGUGCCUCGACAAAUCGUGCCACGAUCAAUCGCACUUCGACGAACCAAGGUUCGACAGUUCGCGGUUCAACGAGUCGCGCCUUGGCGAAUCGCGUCUCGAUGAAUCGCACAACGACAAAUCGCGCCUUGACGAGGCACGCCUCGACGGUACAGACUUCUACGAGUUGCAGCUCCACGAAUCGGGCCUCGAAGAAUCGCGCCUCCAACCCGACAACUCCGGCCAACCCGCCGAAUCCCGUUGAGACUCCCAGUCCAAUAGCCCGCAUGUUGCCUAACAAACGCCAUUGGAAAUGGGCGAGCAGUAGCCGCGUGUCUGGCGGAAACCAAUAUUUCACAGCUAUAAAACGCGGCAGAGAAACGAUAAAUAUAGGCGACAGCGUAUUAUUUUAUUCCUAUCGAAAGCCUCACGAGAAACCUUACAUCGGCAAAAUUGUGUCGCUGUGGCUAAAUCAGAAAUUAGAGAUGAGAGUGAGAUCCCAAUGGUUCUAUCGUCCUGAGGAGCUACAACCACCCUGCAGCCUAAAUCCCCCGGGUGGCCUGUUUGAAUCGAAGCACAGCGAUUCAAACGACGUACAAACGAUUUCCCACAAAGUAAUGGUGCUACCACUUGAAGAUUAUAAUAAGACACUGCAACAGUCGCACAGACAUCAAAAGGGUUACGAGGACAACGAUCCCUACUAUUACUACGCUGGCUUUUAUACGCAUCCAACGGUAACUUAUGCACCCGGCGUCAAAGCUGUUCUGAAUGAAUGAGAACAGCUUAAGCUGACGAUUAAGUUAACCGGAAUUACUUAAUCGUGGUCAGCUACCAACUCUGCGAAAUUUUCGAUGUAACAACCGUUUAAAAUGAACGGCUCUCUUUUGUGCGGAGGAAGACAAACUUGAAAGCUUACAGCUGUACGUUAGAAACGUAGGCGAUACGUUACACGCAAAAGAUGAAAUUAUUUCUCCAUAUCUUUAUCGCGAGAGCAUUGCUCAUUAAAUCCACAAGGCACAAGCAUUACUCGAUUCGCGAUGUAAAACAAUAAUUUUUCAGGACAAAAAACUUAUUUAUUAUCUAAAAUAUCUAAAUAUUAGAUUUAUUUGAUGAGAAUCUAAGUAUUUUAAUUUCUUCAUUAACUAACAAUAGCAUUAUUUUAUCUAUUUGUUUCAUUGCAUUUCUUAUAUGAAAAUAUCUUGUUAUCAUAAUACAUGACACGAAAUUAAAUAUUUCGUCGAUCGACUUGAGAUCAUUAAAAAAAUAAGAAAAAGGCAUGUUGUCGUUUAAUGCGUGCGCGACCUAAAAAUGAUAUAAAUUGAUUCAUAGCCUGCAAUUUUUAAUCUUUAUAACAGGCAAAAAAAUACUUGUGCCUUGUUCAAAAAUUCCUCCCAUUAAAUGCGAUCCGACUGCCGUUCGAUUUCUGAGAAUUUCCGAAUUGUAAUUACGCUUACAUUUUGCUAGCAGGAGAAAGCGAGAGGAAGAGGAGGGAAGGGAGAGAGAGAGAGAGAGAGAGAAAGAAACGGAUCGAUGCAAUAAUCACACUAAGUGGCAUUAAACGCGGAAGUGAUCAAGAUAAAAAGUUAUUUGUUGUACAUAUUGUAAAUAUGAUUUUAAGAACGUGUGUCUAACCUUUGCGUGCACACGACUCGUUAAUGUAAAUCGCGUUAAAAACGGUAGAAUCAAGUUUAUACAGCUUAAGUUUUAAAUUGUAAGUUAAUGACUCGAGUAACAAUAACAUUUCGAUAUUUAAAUAACAAAAAAAGGGAAGUACACUAUUUUCAUGUUCGGAGAGUAAAAUUUUUUUAACGAUCGAUGAAACAUACGAUAAAUAAGGAUAAUGUAACUUCGCUAAAGGACGAAUUGAAGACGAAGAUGAUAUUCAAGUUAUUCUUUAGAGAUACAGCUUUUAGAAAAUUUCGAUUUGUCGUAGUGGAUCGAUGACGAACACGAUACGUCGUGUUUUUACUUCGCUAAUCGAUAUAACGCUAAUCGCGUUUAUAGAAUAGACAUUUGCAUAUUUUGCGAUACAGUCAGAUGCUUUGACCUGAAAUAUCGCAAAUGUAACGAGCAAUAAAGAAUUAAUCCCAUCAAAGCUCGCAAGAAAAUCAAUUAUUUAAAUGUAACAGGCUGUUCGCUGAGUUUGAGAAAGCGCCCGAGGGAUAUAGAAAGCCGUUUACAACGAUAAAAGUAAAAACAUUAACACCAAAUUAAUUGAAAAAAUUUUUCUUUAAAUAUUGCUUAACAACUUGUUAAGAUAUUAAAAUGCAAAUUUACGAUGUGCAUCAAAUGAUGAUAAACCUCCUGUCGAAACGAUAGUGAAUGGAUAAAUUUAUUUCCUUUACUGAAGAGAAUUAGAAUGAUAUCGUAUUAAAACUUAAAUUUGACUCGCAAGACUCGGGCCUAAAUGAUCGUGAAUGUACUUAUAAAAAAAGUUCAUUAUAUACGACUUAUUAUUAACUCAUUUUUUUAAUAAACAAAGAAGAUAAACUUUGUUUAAAUAAAUAAGAAAUUAUUAUUUGUAAAAAAAAACAAAGACAGAGAACACAAAGUAAUAUAUUGUUACAUCCAAAAAUGUGCAACAUUAUAUUAUUUAACAUAUUCAUAUAUUUAUUAUAAAUAUUAUAUAACUGAGUUCAGAGUCACAUGUCAUGUGCUAUCUUUGUUAAACAAAAAUAUCUCUCGCUUCUUGCUUUAUUUCACUUAUUUCGCAUAUCAUAUUGACACAUCAAUUAACUCGAUAUCUAUAUACCAAGGUGCUGUACAUCAAUCAAAAAACGAUUUUUCAUAAAAAAUGGAUAAUUGAAUACGAUAAAUAUCGUUCUUUGCAUCUUUCUACUUUUUUAAUUUUAACCGCGUAGAAUUUAACUAUUUUCAAAAUACAAAUUUAUUAUAACCCCCGUUUUCGUAUUCACAUGUGCAGCGCGUUGUUUUUGGCAAUAAAAGAAGCAAAUACCACUUACAUCUUCAGUGACUAAAGAAGCUACGUUUGCCUUUUAACGCUGAUAAAUAAACUAAAAACUAUUUACACAGUUAAAUCGUGAUUAACAUGUAUGCUUGCGUUGCUGUGAGAAAGAUAAGCAACAAAAGAUAACGAAAAAGUUUGCAAAGAAACUGAAAUAAUAAUAUAAAUUAAUAACACAAUAGCUGAAAAAGGUGCAAAAAUCUUAAGACAUAAAAUUUGAUUCGGCCUUUAUCUCAUCUGCAAUUUACUCGAGUCGCCCUCGGAGCGUUUACAAGUUACUUUUGAGAUUAUUCGUAUGAGAAUAUACAAACGAGUUAGCAGAGUACAAGUUCCCUAAUAAUAAUAAUAGAACCGUGUUGCAAAGCCAACGCUUCAGUCGUAGUUUCCCACCCUCUCUAUUGUCGGGAUUUUGGAUUCGAUGGAGGCAUAUUUUCGGGAUCAUCCCCGAAACUAUAAUAUGUAAAGACACUUUUAUAGAUACUUUUAGAACAUUUUAUGUGAGAAAAAUUUUUAGUGUUAUAGAUAUGACCUUUCAGGCAGUCGAUCGAUUUUUCUGAAAAAUAAAGAAAGUAAAAACUUUGUUUAAAUAAAGGUUGACGAAACCAUAAAAUUUUUUGUCGCGGCAAAUGACGUUUUAUUUGCCUGGAACGAGAAACUUAAAAAUGCGACAAAUAAAAAAACUGACAAAUCAAUUGACAGUUUUGCGAUCGACUUCCAGAAAAGAGUCCAGUUUUUUCUGAAAAACCUUAAUGAGACUUCAUCGAAAUUGAAUGGUCCGGCGACAUCUUAUCGCAUUUUCUCGAAUGAAACCUGUACAAUAUAGAGAAAAUUUUCGAAAAUUGCUAUAACAUGUACUAUAAUAUAAUAAUAUAAUAUUAGAGUGUAGAGAGUCUUUCGAAAAUCGAACUGGAGUGUGAAGUACAAACUGAAGACACAAUAAAUGCGCGCGCGAGUGAUGCGAUUAUCGAGAAAAGAAGGAUUGAGAGGUACUUAUACGCGUAAAAUGAUGAACGAUUUGUUUUCUGUGUAAAUAUACAUAGGAUGCUCCGUUGUGUACAUAUAGCGCGUUGAAACUGCGCGGUGUUUCGCGCCAUGUCGCUUUUAAAGAUAUUUUUGACGAUCGAAUUAAUCCAUUGUAUAGAACACACGAUUCAAUCAAUGUAGUACGUAAAAAUAUUAAAUACGUGUGUAUAAUAUAUAGUAUUUUUUCAUGAGGGUCGCAACGAGACGACGGCGAGAGUCAGCCAGGCUUUCUAAAUAUUAAAGAAAAAAAAAACCAAGAGAUCUUAAUCGUUCACGAUGCAUCAGUAAGCUUCCGUGAGUGGUUACUGUGAAUGUCUAGACAGUGUUGUUGGGCGGACGUAAUCAGGCCUUAUCGAAAACCUCUAGAGCCCUAAGAACACCGGGACCGCGGUUACACAAAUCAACUUUGUUUUUCGGUUUUUCAGCUUUCCGUCUCUUUGUCUCAAUAAAAACGUUGCAGAGUAAACUGUACAGUUAUUUUCUAUCAACCAGUAAAAAUUUUUAGUAAAAAAAAUAUAUGCUUAAAUUGUAUGCUCACAGUACGCAUAUUUAGAAGCGUAUAGGUUGCGAAUUUGCAUAUGGCCGAUACUGUGGCUACGUGUCGCCGAGUAACUACCCUUCGCAGUAACUAUAGUCGUCAGAUAAAAAUAAAAAGGUCCUGAAACAGCAGCUGUGCGAAGUGGCCACCUUUCCCCGCUCGGUAAGAGCAUGUAACCGAUAAGGAGCUCGGUGUUCUCGAGGGGCUAAGCAUGGAUGAUGGUGGUGAAUUAUACGGUACCUUCUCCGCGCAAAGAAUGCGCAACGAGUCUUGUCGCAAUCUUUCUAGACGCUUGUAGUUAAUAUUAUAGCGCAGGUAUAAUAUUUUAUUAAUUACCAUUAACCGCGACGAUGUAGCAUCAUCCGAAAUACAUACAUACAUAUAUAUAUAUAUAUAUAUAUAUAUAUAUAUAUAUAUAUAUAUUUCGUAUAGUGCUACAUAUACACACACCCGUUAUAUAUUCUAAAUAUUAUAUAUUUUUACUGUGUAAUUAUAAUAAAUUGCUAUACAAUUACUAAUUCAAUCCUGAACGCGUAAUUCACCUAUACAAAUUAAUGAUUAACAAGUCAACAUUCAAUCCAUUCGAAAUUGCUAUGAAAGUGGAAAUUCUGUCCAUCAGCUGAUCUGACUUUUUGACGUGCCGCUUUUGGCCCACUGCUGCAUCCAACGUUACGAGAUUAGCAUUCGCUUUUCGAGGUUUUUUGUAAAUAUGUAUUUGGAUCGCGUAGAGAGAGAGAGAAAGAGAGAGUGAGAGAGAGAAAGAGAGAAAGAGAAAAAGAGGGGUAGAGGGAAAGAAAAAGAAAGAGAAAUCAAAUGAAAAAUCGAUAUCUUCGAUGUUCGAUCGUUCUUUCUAUAAGACGCAAAAUUAAUUUAUCGAUAAAACCCCUCCACUCCUCUCUACAUAUUUCAGGAGACACGAAAGAAUUAAUAUUAAUAAAUCUCUAAAUAUCGAUAUUCCGCGUCCCUCUUAUCUCGGAUUUCGCGUGGAAUUAAACAGUGAUGGGAAUCCAAAUAAUACGUACGUUUUCGAGAAUUUUUGACACAUGAUCAAUAUGUUGUAUAUAAAAUCAGAAAUUGCAGAAUAUUAAUCAAGGCUUUCUUUUUUUAGAACACGAAAAUUGCAAUUAUAUUCUACACGUGGUAUUAUUAAUAUAUUUCAAUUUCGCAAUGACGCUCCCACUUCAUUGAAUAAUUGUAAAAUUUUAAUUUAAAAAUUACAAUACACAAUUCGUGCUUCUUUUUUUUUGCUCGCUUAGUUUUUUUCAAUGUUUCCUAUAAUUUUUUACUUUUAAAAGUAAAUGCUUGAAUUUUUCAUACGAAUACGUUUUUUAAAUAUUUGUUUUCAUUUGCGGUUAAUACGAGCAAAAGCGCAUUUUGUUCACGUUCGCCGGAACAUUUCCGCCGGUAAAUAAGAGCAAAGAAAUUUCGCUCGACUUUAUUCAUACCACUCAAUUAUCGCUCGAACUUUCUGACCAAGGUUGCAAGAACAGGGAGUGCAUCCGUUCCGAGCAGGUCUGAUUUAUCUGGCACGUAGCGAAGUUUGCACACACACGUCUUGCACCGUAAACGAACUUCGAGAUUAAGUCUUUUCGUUCAGGUUCUACCAAUCAAUAGAUAGCGGUAGGCGGUAAGUAUUCCGACAAUUUUCCUCAAUUUCAUAGCCUCGCGAUAAAUCGCGAUUAAUUGAAUUCCCAUCACUGGCUAGUCGUCCAGCAACACCAACAGCAGCAGCGGCAGCAGUAACAGCAGCGGCAGCAGCACCUUGUACAAACACGAAUUUUACGGUAGAACGGAAAGGCGAAUGAAUUUUAAUAACAUACCAGGUAGAAAAGGAACAAAAACGGCGAAUCGAUUCGAAGUGGUUUUAUUUCUCGCGCGCGCGCGCGAAAAGAGAUAAAAGGCGGUAUUUUAGAUCUAUAAAAAGAAAUCAAGAUUGAUUCUAUUUUAGUAAUGCAUUUGAUAUCAGACGAAAAGUAUUUCGAGCGACACGUGCAAAAAUUUCGAAAAUGCGAUUAAAAAAAGAAGAAAAGAAAGAGAGAGACACGUGCGAAAAAGCGUGUCGUUUCUCUUUCUAUCUUAUACUUUCAGAAACGUGCCUGUAUGUGGGCGGUGAUAGUGACUAUGAUAUAGCGACUAAGGACAAAGUGUGUCGAGAUAAGAAUUUAGGACGCGAGGUUUCUUCUAUUUGUGUGCUUCUAGAGACGAGAGCCACGUAGCCAAUGCGUAACGAUUGUCUUUAAUGUUAACGAUCGAUUAAUUCGCAGCUCAUUAAUUCACACGCUAUUCCGAGUCUACGGAUCGCCCGCGGGCUGCGCGCAGCACGCGACGCACAUACAAGAUACAAAAAUAUUACACAUACAGACAUACAUGCAUAAAUAAAUAUGUACAUACACCUGUAUGAUUAAUUAUGAGAUUUUAGAGAGUGAUUAAGUGAAUUUCCGGAAAACUUAGUUACAAAUGAAUGCGCCAAUGACUGUCACGCGCAGACACAUUCUUCUUUAUUUUUGUCAAAUCGAUAUUUGGCCGAUAAUAAAGUGCAUAUUAGACAAGCGAAUAAAGAAAAA